AUGGUAACAACUUGUAUUUACCAUAAAGAGGGUGUGAUACAUCACCUAUUCUAUGAGAUAGAAGGUGAAACUCUUCUAGCCUUUGCAGAGCAGAGGGAGACUGCAGAUGAUGCCAGUAUAAAGAACCUGGUUAUGAGUAGAGGAACGCUGAAGAAUGAAUCCUCUGGUGCAAAGACAAUUGAGUGGUCAGAGCUCAAAACAGUGGUGGAAAAGACAAAACUUAACAACUACCGUCCUAUGAACCCCUGCCCAGUGUUUGAGAAGAACACCAACACACUUUUCCUGUUUUUCAUCCACAUUGAAGAUCGUGUGACAGAGCAAUGGCAGAUAAAAAAACGCACCAACAAGGCCCGUCAUUCCAGGGGAAUGUCAAAUGGGAUGCUGGCAGUGGAAGCUGUCAGUGAAAAUGGUGGAGCUGAUUUUCACACAUUGAGCAAUGCUACAAAGCUUGUUGAAACUGGUUCAGGUUGUCAGGGAAGUGUGGUCUCAUUUCCAGCUCAAGAUGAAGGUGCAGAUACAGAGGGUGACCCAAAGUGGCUGCUCUACACUCACCCAAGCAACAAGUCCAAAAAGACUGAUUUAGGAGUGUAUGUGAGCAAAUCCCCAAAGGAUCCAAGUAAGUGGAGCAAACCCUGGAUCAUUAACAGUGGACCCAGUGGUUACUCAGACCUGGUUUACAUUGGUAAUUGUUGUUUUGCAUGUCUGGUGGAGUGUGGGGUGAAGAAAGAAACAGAGCAGAUAGCCUCUGUGGAGCUGUAUCAUCUUUAA